AUGAUUGCUCCCGGACUUGGCUCUGACGAAGUGUCUUCCCCCCAUUCCAGCGGGAUCAAGGUUAUCAUAGUUGGUCUUGGAACGGCCGGGUUGGCGGCAGCGGUAGAAUGCCACCGGAAAGGCCACACCGUCAUUGCAUUUGAGAAGGUGAAGGAGAUGAAAUCUCUUGGAGAUGAAAUCGCUAUUUCAAAAAAUGCUGCCUGUGUUAUUUCGAAGUGGGGAGACGGUAGCGUCCAUGAGACUCUGGAUUCGUAUACUUCUGUCCUGAACCCUACCAGUGUCUACGACGAUGCGGGUACACUGAAACUGAAGACUUCAGUCCCAGGUUUUGGCAAAGGUGAAGGAUAUCUUCUUCAUAGGGGGGACCUGACGGUAACCAUGUUUGAUCACGCAAAGGAUCUUGGUAUUGAUAUACGCAUGGGCACAUAUGUGACAGAGUACUGGGAGACAGAUACUUCUGCAGGUGUAAUUGUGGAUGGAGAAAGGAUUGAGGCCGACUGUGUUAUUGCUAGUGGCGGUGUUCAUAGCAAAGGAAGGGCACCUAUCACGGGUCAGAAUCCUCGCAUAAGGGCUUCUGGAAGGGCCAUAUUUCGAGCAUGGUUUGAAUCUUCAGUGCUUGAUGGCAUUCCAGGGACAAAUUGGAUAACCGACCAAGGGAGUGAGGGUGGUGAUGACGCUCACGGCUGGUUGGGUAAGGAUGUUACGAUGAUUAUGAAUACAUCGAAAAACCACAAGGUUAUAACCUGGUCUUGCAUUCAUUUGGAUUCCCGCGGGCCCACCGAGCGCUUCUACUAUCCAGCAACCGUUGAUGAAGUACUUGGUUAUAUUAAAGACUGGCCCGUGAAGCCCAAAAUUGAGGCUGUAAUACGAAGAACACCCCCUAACAACCUCAUUGAUUACCCGCUUCUCACAUGCGAUCCAAUUAAGAAUUGUGUGUCCAAGGGGGGAAGAAUGAUUCUUCUCGGUGAUGCCGCCCACCCUUUUUUGCCUACGUCUGGUCAAGGUGCCUGCCAGGCAAUUGAAGAUGGAGCAGUUAUUGCAAUUGCCCUGGAACUCGGAGGAAGGCAAAAUGUGCCAGAGGCACUAGAAGUAACCAGGAAAAUCAGGCACGAAAGAAGCUCUCAAAUUUAUAAACUGGGUCUACAUGCCCUUGAAAUAAUGGCAAGUCCCGACUGGACUGAAGCAGAAAGGAACUCGAAGCUCUUCUCGAUCCCAAGCCCUGAAUGGGUCCUGGACCAUGACUGCCAAAAAUACACCUACGAGGAGUACCAUAAAGUGGUGGAGACAAUUGCAAACGGGACCGAGUAUAUUCCUCAAAAUGCUCUGACAUCAUCAGUACCAAACUAG